AUGGCGAAAGCUCAGAACAAGCCACGUAGCGACAAGAAACGCGCGCCGAGACGCACCGACAUUAUCCUCUCCAUACUGAACAUCUCUCGGGGACCAGCGGCCAGUCAGGUUCGCCGAGAUCGUCCGCCUACCUCGACCUGGACUUCGCACCCCCCGCAACCCCCCGCAUCCAGGCCGCUCCGCUUCCUCCUCAUGCCUACCGCGUUCGCAUGGUCCGCGAAUCGCUUUGAUUCGUGGAUGGAUACCUUCGACCUGGGGGGAGUCGAGUCGACGAGUCCAGAUGCUGUGAUCAUCGUGCCCUCACCCGACCUCUCGUCUACCACCUCUCUCCCGGCGCUCGCGCCGUCGUUUCCUUCGAUCGACCAGCCAGGUGCCCGUGAGGAUGCGUCAUCCUCGGGUAUGUAUGCGUACAUCGAGGUGUACGAUCGCCCUUCGCCGAAUUCUGCCCGCACCGCCCUCGACCAAUAUCUCUCCUCACUCCUCCGCUCGCCAACUCCCCGCAGCUGGUCGGAGUCCUAUGCUCCCUCUGCGUAUUACGUGGACAGUGCACCGCCAGUAGAAAACACUCUAGGCUUCUCUCCUCCCCUCGCACACCUGGUCCCCUCCGUCACAAACACCCGCGAAUCCACCGUUGUCGACGACUACAGCUCGGACGACGCCUCCACCUCUCCUCGCUUGAUUGGCGACAUGCUCACAUUCCCCGACCAUCCCGACCUCAUCGGCCAGAACCCCGCAAGUUCUCCCCGCCUCAGUCCUCUCGACAUCAACAGCGGCCCCUCGUCGUCCACAGGAUACUCGGCCAAUGAGUAUCCUUUGAUUGGCUUAUCCUUAGACAUCCCGGCGACUUCAAUGCCGUCAACGCCGACGAUCCUUGCCACGGACUCUACUACAUGGGACCAGACCACCACGUACUCCCCGUCUUCGCUCUCGGAUGAUUCAGUGGACGACUCGGAGUCUCUGUCUAGCUUAGAGGCCGAUCAAUGGCUCUCAUUCAGCGACCUCUGUCGAGAGGCUACAGAGGACAGCUCUACGUACGCUCCCUCACGAAGCAAGUGGGAGUGUUUUGCGCAAGACGUCCCGGACGACAGUCACUCAUCGUCUACAUGA